UUCCUUCUUUCCAUGCGGUGGCAGCGAUAGCCAUAACACAAAAUGCCGCGAAUAAGAACGGUACACAGUAAGACAUACGUCACUCCAAGACGUCCCUUCGAAAAGGAGCGUCUGGACCAGGAGUUGAAGCUUAUUGGUGAAUUUGGGCUUCGUAACAAGAGAGAAGUAUGGAGAGUAAAGUAUACUCUGGCUAAGAUCAGAAAGGGAGCCAGAGAAUUGCUUACUCUAGAGGAGAAGGAUGCUAGAAGGUUAUUUGAAGGUAAUGCGCUGCUGCGUCGUCUGGUGCGCGUCGGUGUGUUGGACGAAAGCCGCAUGAAGCUCGAUUACGUGCUGGGUCUGCGCAUUGAGGACUUCCUCGAGCGACGCCUGCAGACGCAGGUGUUCAAGCUCGGCCUCGCCAAGUCCAUCCACCAUGCCCGUGUCCUCAUUCGCCAGCGACACAUCAGGGUGCGCAAGCAGGUGGUCAACAUCCCAUCCUUCAUUGUGAGAUUGGACUCACAGAAGCAUAUAGACUUCUCUCUGCGCUCGCCAUUCGGUGGUGGACGUCCAGGACGCGUGAAGAGGAAGAACAUGAAGAAGGGUACCGGCGCCGCUGCUGACGAUGACGGAGGGGACGAGGAUUAAGCCUCGCGAGCAACUAAUUCCACAUUCACACGUUUACUUGUAGUGUACACACGAGUAAUAAACAGUGAAUGACAAUUAUCGAAGAA